GUCAAUGGUCCCUAAUUAAGGAAGAGUUAAGUCAAAUCUGUAAAUAUUUGAUCAACACACUUCCCGGCAAAAAGUACAAAGUAUUUCAAGAAAAUUUAAAAUUUUGUGUUUGUAUUCAAAUUGGCCCAUAAUCAUGGAAUCGAAGGAAACUGAUCAGCUAACAAUUGUGAAUCGAUCACGGACACAUCAUAUUAGUAAAAAACUAAUUAUCGGUAAAAUACCCUAUUUUCAAACAGUGCUUAGUAAUGAUUCAUUCAUGGAAUCAAAGGAAAACAUGUUUAAACUGGACUUUGACGAACAAGCUUUCCAAUCGUUUCUAACUUGGGUUGAAUCUGAUCAUGUGUUGAUCGAAAUGAAAAAUUUGAUAAACCUGUGCACCAUAAUGGAUUAUUUUGGGAUAAACAAUUAUUGGAUGGAUCGUUUGGUUACUUAUUUUCAUGACAAAUUUUCAAUCUCAGACCUUCCAGUUGUUAUCCCACAAGUGACUCCAAUAUCUAAAUGUAUCAACGCUGGUACUCUCGACGCUUUCAUCUGUCGCCAUUUCUUGAAGAUAGCAAGCACAACUGUUUGGUUGAAUUAUCCCAUUAAAACGAUUGGAUAUAUUUGCAAGCUAGAUUUAAUGGUUCAUUCAGAAAUGCAAGUUUUCAAUGCAAUCAUGAAAUGGAUCAAUUUCAAUAUUGAUGCCAGAAAGGACUAUCUUGAAAAGUUAUUAACAUUGGUUAGAUACUGUGAUUUGGAUAGUAAAGAUUUGCUUAAAAUAAAGGAAAAUGAUUUCGUCAAAACUUUUAACUUUAAACCGACAUUUUGUUCGCACUCUAGAUGUACUGGUGACUGUGAAUUUGAUCGAAGCAAUCAAUAUUACUCUGUCCUGGUAGAGGAAAUGCAUGGUAAAGAUUUACGAAUCAAAGUGCUUGACCGCAGUUUUCAGCUACUGAUUAAACAAGUCUUCAAGUUAGAUGAAUCAAUGCCUUUGCGUCUUUUUCCCAAUGAAUAUGUUUCUGAUAUAGUUUUUGAUUCGGGAAGCAAAAUGAUUCGCAUUGAUUGGAAUCAAAAGAAGUACCGUUUGAUUGGCGUUAAUGAGUAUAAAUAUUAUUAUUAUGAAAUUGUAAAAUGUAUCUUUACAAAGCACGAAGAUAAAUGCUAUAAAAUUGAUGAGACUAGAGAAUUGCAUUCUUAUACUGGAAGUUCACUUCUUGAAUUUAAUGAUCAGUUUAUUUUGAUUUCUCAACGUACCGAUUGGCAAAAAAACAAUAACACUGAAAAAUUGAUUUGCUGGACAGCACCAAGUGAUGCAAAUAUUGAAAUGUGCCUCCGUGAUUAUAAAAGAAAUUAUCAGACGACUGCUUUGGAUAAUGAUAUUUACAUUCUCAAUUCUAAUCGUGAAUUAAUACAGUUCAACAUUGAAAGUCAGAGGACAAGGAGAUUCAAGCGUAGAGGUAAAUCGCACUUGGACGAUUUAAUUUUAACUUCAAUGCCAGGUCAAGAUAAAGUUGUGCUUAUUGAUAAACUCACAAGGAUUGUUGAUGGUUUCAAUGUCAAGGAUGAAGAAUGGAGUACAAUUGGCCUUCUGGCUGAUGAAAUGAAUCUUACUGAUGAUCAAAGGAAGUCCAAUAAGCUGUUAACUUUAACCUCAGCCUUUUUACGACUAGACACGGUUACCUCUUUUUCAGACCUUAGCUAAUUUUACAAAAUUAGUUAUUUUAGACAAAAACAGAUCGGACUAAUCAACAGUAUGGGUUUAAAUAAAAAAUUAAUCAAUCAUAUUGUUUUCAAUGAACAAUAAAUACG